CGCACAAAUAUUAUCUCCACUGCCUCAAUUGGCAUAAAAGCGAAUGGUGGCGUUUGACGAAGCAGAACAUUUGAGAGCAACUGAAAUGACUCGCUUCAUCACUCUCUGUAUUUCCGCUCUACUUGCCCUCCAAGUAGUCAGGGCACACGAGGGUCAUGAUGGAGUUGCGACAAAAUGCUGUUGCUUGAGCCAAUGUUUUCUGAUGACGACCCUUGAAAAUUUGAUCCCGCACAUCGAUUCAUUUCCUGAAACUGCUCCGGUGAUUCUCCCCGUGAUAACCAACGCCAAAGUCAAUGCACCUGCUGUGGAAACUCCUAAGCAAGUUUCACCGGUUGCCCCCCAAUCUGCCACUAUUGCAGAGGUGACCAGUCAGCAGCACCAAGAACUCUUGGAAAAGGUGCCCAUUGAAGUGCUGCAACAAGCUUUAGCUGAUAAGCUUGCAGCCGUGAAAGCUAAAGUUCCAGAAAAUUUAGGAGGAGGUCAAGCCGCAGCAGUCAAAACCAACAUCCACGAGAUCGUUCGCCAACAAGAACAAAUCCUGUCCAAACUGGUUCCCGUCGUCUCUCAGACCAAGGCGUCCCUUCCUCAGGUCAAUCUUCCCAAGGUUUCAGCUGCCAUUCCCAAUGUUGACGCCAUCACUUCCAAAGUCAACUCUGCCAUCCCUGCUGAAGUUCCCAACGUUCAGGCUGCUGGUCCCGUUCAGCAGUCCAAGAUCAACAUCCACGAGGUCUUUCGCCAGCUAGGACUCUUCUCAAAUACUCCUCUCAACACCCCAGUUUCUAUUCCCAAGGUUCAAGCUGCCGUUCCCAAUGUUGGCGCCGUCGCUUCAAAAGUCACCUCUGCCCUCCCAGUUGGAGUUCCUAUCGUUCAGACUGCAGCUCCCGUCGUUUCCACUGUGACUGGUGCCCUGCCUCUGAACACUGGAGUCCUACCCAACCUCCCAAUUGCUGGUAGCCUGGGUCUCAGAUGCAACUCAUGCAAUAAGAAAUAGGAAACGAAAGAAACUGAAGAACAAAAAAUUAUUGAAAAAGAUCCUUAAUAAUGAAAAAAAAAUCUGAGGAUUGUACUUAUCAGAAAAAACCUAAUAAGAUGCAUUGAAAAAUUUUUCCUGAAUCAUGUAAACGGGACUUUGCAAGUGUGUAUAAAUGAUAAAAAAGAGAGCAAAUGUAUGAUUGGGUUAUAAAUGUGUUAGGAAAAGCAAAAAUAAAAUGAGAAAAUAAUGCAUCACAAAAAUGAUUUUUUCAACAUUU